CUUAGCUAAUAAAUUGUAAUAUUUGUUUCUAACAGAUAUACAUUAAACUUAAGUAACGUUAUGCAUAAUAUUAUGUUCAUAUAUAUGGUGUUCCUUGCAGUAAAUCCGUCUCUAAUCUAAGUUUAGAUAACGCCUAUCUAUCGAAAACUAACCGAGAAUGUUGUGCAGUGAGCCAGGUCCAAGUGGCAUUUUCACCAGAAGAAAAGUUGACGCGAAUAAUGUAGCAUGAAAAAAUGAUAUCCUGAUUUACUCCAUGUGUGUGUGUGUUUGGUCAAAGUUUUAAAUGUUAUAAAAAAAUAUAUAUAUAAAAAGUAUAUAUGGAAGCAAAACACAGUCAAUAAUAUUGAAUAGAGUUCGGUCACUUCCAUGGGCUUCUGUGCUAAGCUUAACUAAAUCAAGACACUGCAAGAAAUCAUACAAACAAAAAAUCGAAAAAAUAAUACAAGAAAUAAUAUUUAUUAUGUGUAUAUGUGUGUAUAUUAUAUGCUUUUUGAUACCCCCUAAAGGACAUUAGUUAGGAGAAAUGGAGAAAAAAUAUGCAUAGCAAAUUGUACAAAUAAUCCAGGCAGCUUGAAAAAUACACGAUUUAUUUUGUUAUACUCCCGAGAAUAAACAAACCAAACCAAACACAGAUCCAGCUACAAAGAGGACAACAAGAAAUGAGAUAAGUUAAUGUUGAUGUUGAUGAUGAUUAUGAGGAUAACGAUAAGGAUGUUGUUGAUGGAAACACACACAGACAAUACGCCCAGUAGUAUGCAAUUUGAUUGUGGACAGAGAAUAUUUUUUAAAUGUUUAUAAGCAGAGCAGAGAGCGGAAAUAUUUGUGAAACAUAUUUUAAUAGACACUGAAAACCAAAGAUUAAUCUAAAGACAAAAUACAAAAAAGAAAACCUAGACAGCGAUAACAAAUUUUUUGAAACAUAUUUUUUGAUAUACAAAACAGAGGAAGAGAGACGGUACGGAAAAGUGAACACUGCGAAUAUGCACAAAACAUAUAUCUUUUGGAUAACCCUAGCCUAAGUUGAAGUUGAAACAAUAUUUUCAGUUAAGGUUCAACAUAAUUUGUAUAUUUUAAUGGUUUCACCACAGUUUUUUUGAGCCGUUUCGCAUGCCGUUCGGUUGAGGCGCAAGCCAGUAAUCCAGAGUACAAUCAUUUAUGUCAAACAGGACACCAAAACACACCACACAUUGGCACCACACUACUUCGCAGACGGGGUUCCAAACGGGUUACGACAGCAAGUGUCAUCUUUACAGGGAUCGACAAACGAGAAACAAACUAAACAAAACCGAACAAUUUUUUGCUAACAAUUUUGUGAAAUUCAUUUACGAACCGCUUUAUAUCAGGAGUUGGAAAAACCAAGUAUUUACAGAUAUAUGUAUGUAUAUAAUCAGAAAAGUACUAGAAAUAUCUGCAAAAAGUAAAGCAAAGAGAGAGAGAAAGGGCAGCCAGCAUCCAUAGAAGAUUGUCAAUGAAGAGCAACAGCAAAGUGAGGUGAGGUGAUAAUAUCAAAGAGGGGAAACUAAAGGUUAGUAGUACAUGGACUCGGAUCAAGGUUUGGGCCGAGCUUAAGUCCAACAUUAUACACACACACAUAUAUCAGCUAUAGAGUAGAGAGAAGCGACCAAAGACUGGUUGCGACCGAACAAACAAACCAAAACACAAACAUAUAAGCCACUCGAAGAAAAACCGAAUGUUAAACCAACUCAGAGCCGACACUAAGCGUUGUUUGUAACUAGUGGUGCAACACCACUAGUCCUGUCCUUCUGUUCCCGUCUGUCCAUCUCCCAAAAUUCCCAUGUAUGCAGCUGCCGGUGGCGCCUCGCUGGCGUCGCGCCAAGCGCGUCAGAAGCAGCGCCAGGAGAAAAAAAACCGAAUACUACAAGCGAAACUACAUCCACCGAAAGCGCCCGGGGCCGUGGGGCUGGGUGCCGGCGAUCUUGCCGGCGGUGCCUCCACGCCCACCCGCAGCGCGUCGCGCCAGUUCCACCAGCUGCCGACAACCUACCUGCGCGCCCCGCAGGCCAUGGGCCGCAAACUGAGCGCCACCUACACGACGCAAUCGAAGCUCCUACUGCCAAUCGACGAGGGCGACACCCAGUCGGUGCUCCAGCUGCGCAUGCACUCCCACUCGCACGCGCAUCCACACGCUCACUCCCACGGGCCGGCGGCCCAUGGCCACGCGCAGGCGCACAGCCAUCUGCACCACAGCCACCUGCUGGGUGCGGUCGCCACCACGCCGGGACCGCCGCAGACUCCCUACCAGCAGUUCGCCUCGUCGCACGGACGCGUCUCACCGAAACUGGUGCAUCGGCACUCUGGCAGCAGUGCCGGGUUCCAUCCGGCGGCAGCCGCUUCGGCCGCUGGACAGCUGCACAAGUCUGCCACGGCCACGCUGCCGCUGGUCUCGCACAUGGAUAUGGAUAUGGCGGCGUUGCCAUCGGCUGUGGUCGGCGUUAAAACGACAGUGACCUCGUUGGAGACAGCCACGCCUACGUCUCCUCCCUUAGCCAGCACUUCGGCGGCCGCAGCAGCGGCCUCGGCCGUGACUGAGAUAGAGGUAGAGUUGGCUGGCGCCGCAUCCAUGUUUGUACCCCAUCAUGAUGCCAUCAUUGUAACGCCGGCCACGCCCAUGGCCUCGCCGGGCCACGCGGCCAAGCUGCGUCGUCCCGGGCCAGAGGAGGAGGUGCCCGAAACGGCUGCCGAGCGGCAACCGCUCACUGCCGGUGAUGCCUACGACGAGGACGAGCCCAUGCAUCCGCCACCCGGACAGCUGGAGCGCAAGUGCAGCGUCUAUCGCAUGCGUAGGAGCGAUGCCUUCGAGGAGGGCGACGUCGACGGCGGCGUCACCGGAGGCCUGAAGCGCCAACUCCGCGAGCUGCAGUUCAGCACGGGCGUGCAGCAGACCCAGUACGAGCCGCUGCUCACCGACGAGCCCCAGCUGCUGUUCAAGGGCCUCGGCAAUGGACGCAAAUGGCAGAUCUGCGCCUACUGCGAGGAGGGCAUCUGUGUGUGCGAGCACCUCGAGUGCGCCCAGGGACGUGCCGCCUGGUUGGAGCGCGGCCGACGCUGCAGUGUUCAGGAUCAGCAGCAGCAGCAGGCCACCCUAUCCAGACGCUGGGUGAAGCGCAACCGAAUUCAGGAUGCCUCUUUGGGUGGCUCCUCGGACGAUGAAGAUUUCCUGGGCGUUCUGCGUGGUCCCAGCACCUUUGCAAAUGCCUUCCUCUACGUGGGACUGGGCACUGUGGCGCUGGGACUGGUCAUAGCAUUCGUUGGAACGGGCGAGAAGGGCUUCAAAACUGUGGAACUAAGACUUAUAGGGCCCUCCCUCAUAGGAUUGGGCCUGAUCUGUUGCAUUUUACGCAUCCUCUUCUGCAUCUGUCCAUCGCACUGCAUCUCAUCCAGUAAGAAGACUCGCAAGAAAAACGGCAACAAGAUCGAUGCGGAUCACACAACAUCGCUGCUCAGGAACGAGAGCAAGAGGGUAUCAAUUGCCCGUGGACCUAGUGUGCAGCCCAAAUAUCCCAUAGCACACAAGCGCAGCCAGAGCAAAAUGCUCAAUGAGGGAAUGGAGGCACUGCGCCAGAUAGCCACCACAUCGCUGUUCAUGCAAAACGAACAAAAGCAGGCCAUAAAUCGAGUGGUGCCCAUCAUCAACGAGCCGGACAGUGGCGAUGCCCCACUGGAAAUGACGAAGCUGCAGACGGCGCUCAGUGCCUGCGAGAUGAGUGAGGAGGAGCAGGAGGAGAAGGCCAGGCAGCAGCGGCAGAUUGCCAAACGCACAACAACAACAACAGCCACAACUGCCGUAACGAGUAGUACCACCAAAGAGCCAACAAUACCAACAAAAGGAGCGAGGGGGACGACUCUGAGCACUGUGGACGAGAAGCCCGACAGUAAGCUGGUGCGGCAGAGAGUGGCUCUGCAACAGCAGCGACAGCAGCCACAGCAGCAGGUGAAACAAGAGCAAGUCAGCAAGUCGCAAUCGCUAUCCUCUUCGUCAACGGUCAAAGAUUCGCUGGAUGGGACGGUCGCUGUAGAGGAAACCUCCCUGAUAGAUGCCACCAAUGUUGCCACGGAUACAGUUCCAGUUUCAGUUCCUGCCUCAGCGCCUGCCCCUGUCCCAUUGCCGAGCAGCUGCAGUACGGGAGCCAUACCCAGACUCAAAACCAACAACAGUGUAUCAUUCACCUACAGUCAAGCCACGCGGCCGGGCAUCUCGACGGGCGCCACGCCCAAGACAAUGCCCACCAGCUCACGGCUGCCCACCUCGCAGUCUAAUCCAACGAGCUAUGAUCUACCCCCCGCCCUGCCGCACACCUAUUCCGCAUCAGCGACGGUCCGCGGACCCCUUGGAAUGUCCAUGAGUACGUCAACCUACGCAAUGCCCGCCAGCAAAGUGGGUCCAUCAGCCGCAUCCGCCUACGCGGCAAUGCCGCCCACCACGACAACGAUCAGCCUGCUGCCGCUGCCGGCGCCACCGACAAUGGCCACGACGAUGGCCAGUAUUCCUGGCCAGGUGCCGGAGGCUGGCGCCACCACCACCACCACGCACACCGCGAGUCUGAGUCUGAGCUUAAUGCAGCCAACGGCAAUGCGGCCGGCAUCGGCGUCGUCGUCGAGCAUGGCCAUGUCCACGUCGUCAUUUAGCACGGAAAACAAAUCACACCCGUCAUCCGCAAACACAACAACAUCGACAAGGGGGCGUGGCAGCCAGCUCCUUUCGCCGCCUACAGCAUUGACAUCUACAUCUGCGGCGUCCACAUCGAGCAAAUGUGAGCCGGAAUUGGUGCUCAGUCCGGCGAAGCUGGGCCAGUAGAGUAGAAUUGUGAGGCUUAGUACAGAUUUUAGUUAGCUAUCAGGUCUAUCUAUCUAUGUGUGUGUAUAUGUAUGCAUGUGUGUGUACGUGUCUAGGUUCUAUUUGUGUGAAUGUGUUAGCGUAUCGGCGUGCUAGAGCUGUGUGCAUGAGUGUGAGAGAUUGAAGGAGAAACAAAUGUAAUUACUAUAAAAUGUGCUAUCUAAAACUAUCUUUUGAAUGUGCCACAAACAAAACCCUCGAAUAUUCAACUAUAAAAGUCGUGCUCUGAAAUCGAAAACACUGCAAAAAAGGCCUCGGAGUGGGAGUAAGAGUGCCAAAAUCAAUCUCAAGUUAAACUCAAACCAGAAUUCGAUUUCUGAACACGUCUUUAUUUGCAAUAUGGUAUCUCUUUUUUUCAACCAGAAACAGCUUUCGGUGUCUAAUCCUACACACACACAUUUCCCCGAGGCUUUCUUCUUUUAUAAUUCGCCAGCCCAUUUGGUUUCAGUUUCUGUGUACACCCGUUGCAGUUAUUGUAUCCCCACUGUGUGGCAACAAGCUUUUCCUUUCCUUUCCAAUGUCCGUCGUGUUCCCCAUGCUUGACGUGGCCCAAGAGUCGGACAAGUGCUUAGCGCUGCUCUAAACUAUCCCCAAAAACUUAGCCAGGGUAUUAUAAAGUUUGUAUACCAAACAUAUCGUUAACUCAAUACGCGAAACAAAAAAGAAUACGACCUAAAAUAUAUAAUUCGAGGAGACAACUGAGCGAAGAUGACACGGAAGUGAACCCAGAGUAUAGAGCUAUGAAGCUAAACAAAAACUAAUUAGAUAUAUGUAUGUAUGUAUAUCCCAAAUUGGAAUGGCGAUGCAAGUACAGUGCGGUAUGUAACGUAGAUAGAGGCGGCUAUAUGUUCCAACAAUGCCAGGCAUAUGGUUAUGUGUGUAUUCAAUAAAAAACCCAAACCAAAACCCAGAAAGUUCAAAAAAGUAUUAUGCAAUGCUGUUGUCGGCAUAAUAAAGCAAAGAAGGAUAUAAUCAAAAUACAGUCGGUGCAACCAGUUCAACAGCAACAAAAAUCAAUUAAAUUCUGCAUACAGUUUUGGUUCCAAAAAAAAAACGUUUUCCAUUUCAGGCAAUUUUCAAAUUUUAUAUUCAUAUUUCGACGUUUUACUUUCUUUAAGGCUAUUGAGAAAUUCAGUGUGAAAUAAUUGCUUGCUCUUUCAGCUGCUAAAGGUACGAAAUAAAAACUAUAAAAUAAGCAGACUACAAUAGACAAAAUGUGGCCAUAAAAUAUAAAAA